AUGCCGCCCAAGGCAACUCCAGCCAAGCCGCCCACCCGCGAGGAACUCGAGGGUGUGCUCGCUGCCCUUACGCUCAAGGAUGACUACGUCCUUCGAGACGCUCACCCGCGUCCUGGUUUCGGCACCCUCGGUCAGAAGAUUACCGUCGACGCGAACAUGUUUCAAGUCAACUACAACAAGGCCAAGAACACGUCCAUUGCUCACUACGACGUCGACAUUGCCGCAGUCGUGAAGACCAAGGACCAGAAGAUGCCCAAGCCUCUCGCGGCCAAGAUCUGGGCGCAGGCCAUCCGCGACAACCAGGGUGCUCCUGACAAGAAGGCCUUUGCCGACUCGGCCUUUGACCUUCAGAAGAACAUCUACACGACUUCCCCCUUUGAGAUGGGUCCCAACGGCAAGAAGGAGAUCCAGGUUGCUCUGCCCGAGCAGGGUCGCGAGCUUGACGACUCUCGUCGCUUCAAGCUUACCCUCCAGCUCGCCAACCAGGUCGACCUGAACGCUGUCAUGCGCUUCUGCAAGAAGGAGAAGCAGUCUGUCCAGGAGAUUGAGACCGUCUUGACCGCCAUCCAGGCCGUCAACAUUCUUCUCCGCGACAACCCCGCUCAGCGCUUCACGCCCAUCGGCGCCCGUGGCCGCUUCUUCGGCAUGGACGGCAGCGUCCCCAUCUCCAACGGUGGUCUCGUCGCCAGGGGCUUCGCCCAGUCGUUCCGCCCCACCGAGAGCGGCUUCCCCGCCAUUCAGCUCGACACGGCCUACACGGCGCUCAUCAAGCCCGGUCCUAUCAUGAACGUCAUUCCUGAGAUCCUUGGCCUCAGCGGCGGCGGUGGCGGUGAUCGCGGUGGCCGUGGUGGCCGCGGAGGCCCUCGCGGAGGUCGCGGUGGCCCUCGUGGUGGUGGUCCAGGCGGUCCUCCCGGCCACGCGCCCGUCCUCAACGAGCUGAGCCCCGACCAGAUCAGGAGGAUCACCAAGGUCCUUCGCCAGGCGAGGUUCACGCUUCCCUACAAGCAGUCUGAGCGCACGUUCAGCAUCAAGUCCAUCUCGCGCAAGCCUGCAAGUGACAUCACCUUCGUGAUGACUGGCCGCGACGGUGCUGCCGACCAGAGUAUCGGCCUGGUCCAGUAUUUUAAGCAGCAGUUUAACAUCACGAUUCAGAAGCCUCGUCUUCCUUGCAUUGUCUACGGCCGCAACUUCAUGGUCCCCCUUGAACUCGUUGUCCUUUGCGACUUCAACAGGUGGCCCUUCACCGCCAUGACCGGCGACCAGGCUGCCGACAUGAUCCGUGUCGCUGCUCAGAAGCCCAUGGACCGCUCCGCUGCCAUCAAGCAGUGGCGCCAGAAGCUCGACUACGGCAACCUUCCCAAGCUCAAGUCGUGGGGCCUGGAGGUUAACCCCAACAUGAUGCGUGUCGACGCUCGUGUCCUCCCCACGCCCAAGGUCACCUACAACCAGGGCAAGACUCUGAACUGCCAGUUCGGUGGUUGGAACCUCAAGGGCGUUCGCUUCACUCGUCCUGCCCCCUCUUCUCUCAAGUCCUGGUCCGUGAUCAGCUUCGACAACCGUUUCCAGGUUGGAGACAUGCAACAGUUCAUUGGAUUUCUCGUCCAGACCAUGAAGCAGUACGGUGUGCUUGUUGACAACGGUCAACCUCCUUGCAUCACCGGCAACCCCCAGAGGCUCGCUGAGGGCCUGAAGGAGGCUGCUCGUGCCGCCUACAUGUCCGCCAAGGCGGACCCUCAGCUCAUUGUUGUCCUCAUGCCGCGCAAGGAUGUUGCCAUGUACCAGAGCAUCAAGAACAUUGCUGCCAUGGGCCUCAAGAGCUUCGUCACGACCCAGUGUCUCCAGACGCAGAAGCUCCGCAACGACCGUGGUCUUGACCAGUACUGCGCCAACGUCGCCAUGAAGAUCCAGUCCAAGCUCGGCGGUGUCACCCACGAGGUGCCCGUUCCUCAAGUCUUCGACAAGACGACCAUGAUGGUCGGUGCCGACGUCACUCACCCGCCCGGCGGCGGCAACCAGGCCUCUAUUGCCGUCACCGUUGCUGGCCUUGACGGCGACAACGUCCGCUUCGAGCCCGGUAUCCGUCUCCAGGACCCCCGCACUGAGAUCAUUGCCGACCUGGAGAACCUCAUGUUCAACCACAUGAAGACGUUCGAGGAGAAGACCAAGUCUCCCCCUCAGAAGAUCAUCUUCUUCCGUGAUGGUGUCUCCGAGGGCCAGUACGCCGAGGUUUGCAAGAAGGAGGUCCAGGCUAUCCGCGCCGCCGCUGCCCGCUUUGGCACUGGCAUGUACAAGCCCAAGAUUACGUUCGUCAUCUGCGCCAAGCGCCACAACAUGCGCUUCUUCCCCAUCAAGGCCGAAGACGCCGACCGCACUGGCAACCUCAAGCCCGGUACUGUUGUGGACUCCAAGGUCACGCACCCCUUCGCGUUUGACUUCUACCUCCAGGCGCACGCUGGUCUCCAGGGUACCGCUCGUCCCACGCACUACAUUGUCCUGGCCGACGACAACGCGUUCAAGGCCGACACGAUGCAGAUGCUCUGCAACCAUCUCUGCUACUCGUACGCGCGCGCCACCCGUGCCGUGUCGAUCGUCCCUGUUGCCUACUACGCCGACAUCAUCGCGACCCAGUGCCGCUACCUCGCCUACAUCGACGACGAGUCGGACGUGGCCACGUCUCUGUCGGGAAGCACCCAGCAGCCCGGCCCCACCAUUGACCCCUUCCUCAUCGCGAAGCGCUUCCAGAACUCUCCUUCGCGUCGCUUUGCCUGGUACAUGUAG